AUGGACAAAUUGCCAACCAUCAGUGACUCGUACAUGGGACAGAUGUCCAGAUUUUGCUAUCGAGACCUUUUUGCCACUUUUCAUUUGUGCCCAGAGGACCUCGGUCAAUUCAGUGGCCCCGAAGAGUUGGCUCUACUUCCAUUAACAGCAGAUCCUCCAACUCCUGAUAAUUUCUAUAGCAAUCCUUGUAGGUUCCCAUUUCAAGUCCCAUGUGGAAAUUUUGGCAGGUGUGACUACUCUUGCAGCCCAGCAUUCAUCCAAAAAAGAAAUGAAAGGGAAAGGCAGAGAGUUAAAUGUGUCAACGAAGGCUAUGCCAAACUUAGGCACCAUUUACCACCAGAAUACUUAGACAAACGGCUCAGCAAAGUUGAAACACUUAGAGCUGCAAUUAAAUACAUCAAGUUUCUUCAGUCUCUACUUUGUGAUGAUUCAGAGGAAGAUUGCAGAGGAGUUCACCAUUCCCCCCUCAAGAAGUACUCAAAAUGA